UGGCCGGUGCUAACCCGUAGGGCGGCUGUGGGAGCUGCCGGCCUGAGCCGGCGCUGAGUCCGCCGCACGGGAGGGCACGGCAGCGAGGCGCGGUGGCGUCCUGCGUGCCUUGGCAGCCUCUGUUCCUUCCUCCAUCCUGUGCCCGCCGAGCUGGGGCUCCCCUGCCCGUCCGUCCGUCUGUCCAUCUAUUCUGCCCCGUCCUGCAGCCUUACCGAGUGGGUGCUUCCGGCCUGGCAAGCACCGUGCCCUCAGCUGGCGUGUGGGUGAGGAAUGCUGAGAAUACCCCACUGUAUAUGUUCACUGUUGACAGUUGCUUGGUUAAAUAAGAUCUCCUAAAGAUAGCGUCCUUUAAUCUCCAAAGAUGACAGCUGUUGCAGUGCUAGAGGAGGUGCUGGUGUCCAUUGAGAAUGAGCUGCAAGCAGUGGAGAUGCAGAUACAGGAACUUGUGGAUAAGCAGCAGGAACUCCUUCAAAAGAAGAUGAGAGUGAAGAAUCUGAUAAAACAAUCCUCAGGAGAGCUGGAGGCGGGUGGAAGUAAAGACACUGGAACCUCAGCUGAGGAAUGGAACAAAAUAGAUUUUCCAUGGUAUGAGAAGAUAAAAACUGCACUGCAGAGCAAAUUUAAACUCCAGAAGUUUAGAUCACUGCAACUUGAAACAGUGAAUGCUACAAUGGCAGGAAAGGAUAUAUUUCUUGUCAUGCCUACAGGUGGUGGGAAGAGCCUUUGUUACCAGUUACCAGCUGUCUGUUCUGAUGGUUUCACACUGGUGGUAUGUCCUUUGAUAUCUCUCAUGGAAGAUCAGCUCAUGGUUUUGGAACAGCUUGGCAUUUCUGCAGCUUUAUUAAAUGCCUCAAGCAGCAAGGAACAUGUGAAGUGGGUCCACAUGGAAAUGCUGAAGAGGAAUUCACAACUGAAGCUCGUUUAUGUGACCCCUGAGAAGAUUGCAAAGAGCAAAAUGUUCAUGUCCAAGCUGGAGAAAGCUUACCAGGCCGGGUGCCUGGCCCGCAUCGCUGUGGAUGAGGUGCACUGCUGCAGUCAGUGGGGCCACGACUUCAGGCCUGAUUACAAGUCUCUUGGUAUCCUGAAAAGACAGUUUCCCAAUACUCCCUUGAUUGGAUUGACAGCAACAGCUACCAAUCAUGUUUUAAAGGAUGCUCAGAACAUUCUGCAUGUUCAGAAGUGCAUUACCUUUACUGCUUCCUUCAACCGACCCAACCUUUACUAUGAGGUUCGGCAUAAGCCUUCAAAUAAUGAAGAUUUCAUUGAGGACAUAGUUAAGACCAUUAAUGGAAGAUACAAAGGACUGUCAGGAAUUGUUUACUGCUUUUCUCAAAAGGAUUCUGAGCAAGUUACUGUGAGUUUGCAGAAACUGGGAAUCAAGGCAGGGACUUACCAUGCAAACAUGGAUGCUAAAUAUAAAACCAAAGUUCAUAAAGGAUGGGCAACAAAUCAAAUCCAGGUCGUAGUGGCAACUGUUGCUUUUGGCAUGGGAAUUGAUAAACCUGAUGUGAGGUUUGUAAUUCAUCACUCCAUGAGCAAGUCCAUGGAAAACUACUACCAAGAGAGUGGGCGUGCAGGUAGAGAUGACCAAAAAGCUGACUGCAUUUUGUAUUAUGGUUUUGGAGACAUAUUCAGAAUCAGCUCAAUGGUGGUGAUGGAAAAUGUUGGCCAAGAGAAGCUGUAUGAUAUGGUAUCUUAUUGCCAAAAUAUGAGCAAGUGUCGCCGGGUGCUCAUAGCCCACCACUUUGAUGAGGUGUGGGAUUCUGCAAACUGCAACAGAAUGUGUGAUAACUGCUGUAGAGAGAAUGCAUGUGAGAAGAUGGAUGUAACAGGAUACUGCAGGGAUCUAAUAAAGAUCCUCGAGCAAGCUGACAGCAUGAGUGAGAAACUCACCCCACUGAAAUUAAUCGAUGCCUGGUCUGGGAAAGGUGUGUCCAAAUUCAGGGUGCCUGAAGUUACUCCACCCACGCACCCUCGAGAAGAGCUGGAGAGAAUUAUUGCCCAUUUACUGCUGCAGCAGUAUCUGAAGGAGGAUUUCAGCUUCACAGCCUUUGCUACAAUAUCCUACCUGAAGGUGGGACCGAAAGCCCGGCUGCUGAAAAACGAGGGGCAUGUCAUCACCAUAGAAGGGAUAACAAACAGGAAAAGUGUUUUCAAGGUCAAGCCAUCUCAAUCUUCAAAAUCAAAAGGAAGCAGAGAAGAUGCCCAGACUGGAUCAAAGACUGUCCAAGAUUCGGUGAUGAAGAAAUCACAGGAACAUAAACGGCCCAGCUGUAGUCCUAAUUUAAAAGCAAAGAAGCCUAAGCUUCAGGCAGGUGGAAAUUACCAACCAGUAGUUAUUGACUGA